GCCUUGCAGCCCGAGCCGGGAUGUCUUCGCCUCCGCCGGAUCCCCAGCGCUCCUCCGGGGUGCACUGGGUUGGCGACGGCGCGGAAGACGACGAGAGCGCAGCCUUCGCGGCUCCUCCACGACGCUGGGACGGAGAAGGCGCGCAGCAGCCGGCGGCGGCGUACGGCUCCGCCAAGGGACCCCCGCCCGUUUCCAUGGCGACUGCAUCCACAGGAGGCAUGGCGACCUCUCACUUCUAUGAUUAUAGUUCUUCCAAGACACCAGAGAGGGGCAACGGCUCCUUUUACACCUCCCUGGUUUCCGACGACUUCUAUGCAUCUCCCCAGGAUUCCUCUUACUUCACUGGAAAUCUACCCAAAGGGGACAGCCGCGUGACUCCUUCAGGCAGCACCGAAAUAUUUCACACCCAGGAUGGGACUGCCUUUGAGUCUCGUGGCUUGUUUAGCUCCGACUCAGGAAUUGAGAUGACCCCGGCAGAAUCUGCUGACAUCAACAAAACCUUUGCCGAUCCCAUGGAGCAGAUGAAAUCAGAAGCUUAUAAAUACAUGGACAUCAGUAGAUCAGAAGAGAUCAAAUGCCAAGUGAGGUGUGACACAGGCUUGGGAGAUGUGGGCCCUCUGAGUUUCAUUAAUAAGUCCCAGGACGAUAUGACUAGACCUCAGGUGAGAGCUUCUGAGGGAAAAUAUGUGGCUCGAGAGCCAGGUUUGUGUGAGGGAUCGACGUUUCUGUCAGAAACAUUUGGCGACCGCCCCUCAGUAACAGCACCGGUCAAGAUUACACUGACUGAGGUAGAAACGGUAGAGGGGCCUGUUACAAAGGAGAAAACGCUGGAAAGACAAGAGGUAGGCCUCAAACCAAGCCACGAAGUAGUUCCCACGGUGACAGUGUCUGAGCCAGAAGAUGACAGCCCAGGUUCUAUUACGCCGCCUUCUUCAGGAACAGAACCAUCUGGCUCAGAAUCCCAAGGGAAAGGAAGCCUGUCUGAAGAAGAGCUUAUCAGUGCCAUUAAAGAAGCCAAGGGCUUUCCCCACGAACAGCCUGAAGGCCAGCGGUUGCCAACAGUUGCAUCCGGAAAACGAGAUCCUAAAAAGAAGAUGCCGGAACUUCCAUCUGGUGGCCCCGCCUUAGAUAACGAAGCGAGCAGCGCCGAAUCGGGUGAUUCCGAGAUAGAGCUCGUCUCGGAAGACCCGCUAGCUGCGGAAGAGGUUCUCCACUCCAACUACAUGACCUUCAGCCACGCUGGGGGCCCUCCUCCGUCCCCGGCGUCUCCGUCAAUACAGUACAGCAUUCUGAGGGAAGAACGUGAAGCUGAGCUGGACAGCGAGCUCAUUAUCGAGUCGUGCGACGCUUCCUCGGCCUCUGAGGAGAGCCCGAAGCGGGAGCACGACUCUCCCUUGAUGAAGCCGAUCAUUAUGGACAUCAUUCAGGAGGAGAACCACUCCAGGAAUGAAAGCACUGGGGCGUCGAAUUACAUCGUAAGUAGUUCCAAGGAGAGCAGGAUGAACAGGGAAAAUCUAGCGGACUCUGCUUCGUACUUGAAGUGUUCCUUCGCCACGCCUAAGGUUAGCGUCGACCCAGUCCCCUCCGCCGCCGCCGCUGCUGCCGGUGCUGAAGAGAGAAGGGACAGAGUAUUUCAGAAGAAGUCGGUCGAGGCGGCGGCAGGUGUCACCGCAAAGCAAGCGCCAUCCAAGGGCCCAGUGACGAGGAGUCCCUGGCCGCCUUCACCGCUGCUGUUUCUAAAUAAGCAAAAAGCUAUUGACCUGCUAUACUGGCGUGACAUCAAGCAGACGGGCAUCACGUUUGGCAGCAUUCUGCUGUUGCUCUUCUCCCUGACCCAGUUCAGUGUGGUCAGCGUGAUCGCCUACCUGGCACUCGCCGCUCUCUCGGCCACCAUCAGCUUCAGAAUCUACAAAUCAGUCCUACAGGCUGUGCAGAAAACUGACGAAGGCCACCCGUUCAAAGGCUACUUGGAAAUGGAAAUGUCUCUCUCCCAGGAACAGAUUCAGAAAUACACAGAUUGCCUCCAGUCAUACAUGAACAGCACAGUCAAAGAGCUCAGGCGGCUUUUCCUGGUCCAGGACCUGGUGGAUUCCUUAAAAUUUGCAGUACUUAUGUGGCUGUUGACUUACGUUGGAGCUCUCUUCAAUGGCCUAACUCUUCUGAUAAUGGCUGUGGUCUCAAUGUUUACUCUACCUGUUGUAUACGACAAGUACCAGGCACAGAUUGACCAAUACUUGGGACUUGUGAGGACUCACAUAAAUACUGUUGUGGCAAAGAUCCAAGCAAAAAUCCCAGGCGCUAAGAGAAAGGCGGAGUAAAAGCGGCAGCAAGAAUCCAUCUGCUACAGGAGUGAAUGAUGAGGGAGUCUGGGAUGAAAACAGCUCUGUUCUUACUGUUUACUUAUAAUUUAUUGUUCCUUUCUCUCUCUCUCUCUCUCUCUCUCUCUCUCUCUGGGUGAAGGCAGACGUAAAAUGGAAAAAGAGCUCACAGCACGUCCCUCAAACAAACGCAGGGUGAGCCUGGCUUCCUGCUGGCUUCAUAACCGAAAGGACAGGCCGGCCGGCCAGUGAAUCAAAUGCUGGCUCAGCCGUCAGUCUUGCUCUCCUCUCUCACCCUGCCCGUGCUUCAGGCUGGCUGCCUGGCUUUCAAAAUAAUAAUAAUAAUAAUAAUAAUAAUAAUAAUAAUAAUAA